GCAUCCAAUGCAGGCUCCGUUGCCAACGUCACGCGCCCGCAACAACCCAUCGUACUCGCGGGGGCAGUACAGAAAUUCAGAGGUAACCGGACUAGACGGUCAGCGAAACGUCCUCGACAGGGUCGCCCAGUACUAGCAGUAGUACUAUAUCAGCACGUUAGAACCUAACUUCGUCAACGACAAAUCAACGAUGAAAUUCUUGCUGGCAACACUUCUGCUUGCAGCGCUCCUGCUUGAAACGGUACCACAAACAGCAUCCCGCGCAGCCGAUGAUGGAAAAUACAGCAAGCGAAAAUAUAUCAACGGAAAUCACGGAAAAUAUAGACACACCAAUGAAGGUGACUAUGUAGAAGAUUUGGAUCGUUACCGCUAUGUUCACUACGACGAUGGCGAUCGGGGGCGCUACAUCCAUGUGCACAUCCCGUACGAUGGUGGUUACGGUAACUACGAGGGGGGACACGAACCCUUCCGUAACCCUCCGUAUGAUGCCACUGGAUUGUACGCGUACGUGCAAAGACCGAAAAAUGACACUUGUCUGCGGUUGAUCGAACAAUACUUUAACACUUGCAGCGAUUCCAACGUUGGCAGUGGUCCGUUCCGAUCCAAUGAGUACGAUAUCAAGAAACCCUCUCUGUACCUGGAGUACGGGACACCCUAUCCGGAGCUUAACUAUGGUGCAUCAACGCACCGGAUAAAGCAGACGGCACCAUCGGCAGAACUGGAUCCACGAGUGUCCAACUUUCCAGCUACCGGAUACCUUCCGGCAUUGAAAACGCCUUCUGAUCCGAGCAAUCCGAAUGAAUUAGUGACGAAACAGCGAAAGCAAGUUUCACCGCUCAGCAUUGAAAUUGAUGCUCUACCGCCUUUGACGAGUCCGCGUACUGAUGAUACUAAGAUUCGACUUAUCACGGAAGUUUCCGGCACCAUUUUUAGCAGUACGACGGAGCAAUCCACUUCCCCUGUCUCGUUCGCAUCACUCAGUUCAGCGAGAGAGACAACAACUAAACAACAGCUGCAACAAUGUCGAGCAGAACUGGAAGAAUCACAGCAAAAAUUAAGCCGCUGUGCAACUUAGGUUUAUCUCUUAAGCAUUUUUUAAGCGAAACCAGUUUGAAUGUGAACUAUAGACAAUGGAAUGCUUGUGUUGUAGGUUGACAGUUAAAACUGAAGUAUUAAUAGUAGCGUAAAUGUAUUUAUUGCAUUCGAUGUACCUAAUAAAUAAACAGUAACGCGAUUGGUGUAGUCUCAGUGAAAAUAUUUACGUUUGUCUAUGAUCAUUUGCAACGCUGUUCUGUUUUGUUCUAGUUUGUUCAUCCUACCACAAAACGUUAUUAAAAGAGAAAAAUUCUAAAAUCAUUCUAUGCAGCUCUUCUUCUAUACUUUCCUCACAUUCAAUCUACAGUGUCAAUUCUAAAGAAAAUAAACAGGCGAAUAGUAAAUUAGUUACUCACGGUUUUGCAGUGCACGAUCUGUCCGUUUGGCGCCCCAUGAUUUUUUGAUGCAUACGAAUUCCUGUUCCAUUUUUUGCAAUGCGACAACAAUGAUUAAGUUAUUUUUUUAAAACAACACAGAUCCACAAUGGGGAGGCAGAAGAUUAUGAUAAAAUGUGCCCAGUGACACAUCAAUGAGAUUUUAUAUUUCCCCUUGAGAAUUUGUUAACGAAUUCACUAAUGCAGAAGACCUGUUCUCCUAGUUUUUUUGUUUAGUAUUCUCCAUGUUAUGUUUUAGCAUAUUUUCACAGCCUCCGGCGAUGGUUGUUCAGAAUACAGGUCAGCUGUUAGUGUGAUGUUUAUUUAUAAUUCCGUCCUAUUAGCGCCACCACUCAAAUUGCAGUUAAUUUGUGAAGUUUUACACAUUUUCGAUUUCAAACUAAAUACAUCGUUGCCUUCGCAUGCCUUGUCAUAGAUAAAAUAAACGAAAAGAAGAAAUUAGUUUGACUCUUACGAACGACCGGUAUGGUUCGGAGUUUAUUUUGGUCUUUGUUUUGAAUGUUGAAAAACUCAAAUUACCAUCACGC